AUGGCGGAGGCGGGAAAAAAGCAGGCGGGCCUCGGGCUUCCAGGUGGAGACGCAGCACAGUGGCCUCUGCAGCGGUAUGGCCGUUUCAUGCCCUUGGGCACAGGAGAGCCACCUGGGCCUGGCCUGGAAGCUGGAAUGGCCUCUUCCCCUACGUGGAAGGUUUUUUACUCCAAUGAAGAAUCUGGGUAUCUCGUUCUCACCAUAGUUAUAUCAGGUCAUUUCUUCAUUUCCCAAGGACAAACACUUCUGGAAGGGUUUUCUCUCAUUGGUAGCAAGAACUGGUUGAAGAUUGUGAAACGCAUGGAUUGUCUAUUGUUUGGAACAACGAUAAAGAACAAGAGUCGCAUGUUCCGGGUACAGUUCAGUGGAGAGUCCAAGCAGCAGGCGCUGGAGCGCUGUGGCAGCUGUGUGCAGAGGCUGGCCCAGUACGUAACCGUGCAGGUGCGCGACGACGGGACCGGCCAGGAUCCUGGCCCCCUGCAGUCACACCAGAAGCUGGAGCAGCAGCAGUACAUAUCAGCCAUCACAAUCACCCCAGGAGGAAGGACCUCCGUGACCCGGCUAGCUCAGGCCGACGCUCCAACCGCUGAGCCAAACCGGCCAGGGCAUGAAUUUUUCACUUUUUCAAAAGAAAAAUGCAUUGACAACCACUAACCCAAAGAAUUUCAACAUGUUUGAAAUAGAAAAUGACACUAAAUAAGUAUGUGCCCCUAGCGAGAACCAAACC